AGUAAUACCUGUAAAUUACGUCCAUGUCUACAGAUAAAAAGAAUUCACAUACUAUUGCCACUCUAUACUACCAACCGUCGUGAAUUUCGAGAUCGUUCAGAGAAAAUAGCUUGGUUUUUAUUUUUUAUAACACAUUCUAUUAUUUACUCUCAAAAUUGAGCAUUUUAAUCGGAAAAUAUUCAUAAUUCUGCUAAUAAACUCAACAUGAUUAAAAUAUCAUAUACGCAUCUGAAAUCUCUUUCACAAGAAUAAGAAAAUGUCGAAUAGAUCGAUUGUUGAUCAAAUUGAACUGCACCCGCCGUCUUGUCUAGAUAAAAGUUGGCUGGUCGCCCGAAACCGAAAUUUAUGUUUACCAACAACAUCGGCGAGCAAUCUUAGUCAAUCAACCGCUUCAAAGAGAAGUGGAAAAUUGAGUAAGAAGGAUCGUAAAAUAAGCGAAAAGGUUAGGUUAGAAGCAGAAUUAGUACAGUUAAGAGGUAUGAUAAAGGAGGAAAGAAUCAAUGUUGCUCGCUUGGAAGAACAAGUUGGAAGACUUUAUUCACAAAGACGUCAUCUAUAUCAAAAAGCAAAGUUUCUUCAAGACGAACUCAGUGCGAAGGAAAAUCGUUUGCGUCACAUGCAAGCUCUUUUAUGCGAAGAACGAACAGAAUCAGCAGAACGUCUAAGACAAGCUGAAGCCGAGAAAGCAGCUGUUAUUCUCGAUAUCGAGCGGUCUCGUCACAAAAACGAAGCGCAUAUGGCGCAAUUAUCUACCGGCGUUAUGUCAACAUUGCUCGCCUAUAGGACUUUAAGUGAUGAUUACAAGGUGCUGUUGGAACGGCUGGAAGAAGAAGAAAAGCUGAACCAAACACUAAAGAAAUUAUACAUAAAGCAAUUAGAAGACCAAACAAUGUAUAAUUUGAGCCGCACAAAUUCUAUUGAAUCUUUUACAGAGCAGACUGCACCCCGAUUAGCUUGCGCAAGUGAAGUUGAGGACGACGCUGAAACCUGCCAAUGCUCCUCUUCUCUUAAAAAAUUAAAGAAAAAUUUAAAAGACGACGAAGGUUAUGGCUCACUCCUUGUUCAAUUUGAACAAAUGAAGAAAGCGACCAGUGAUUCAAUUCUACUCUCAUCGUUAGAAUCAAGUCCUCCGUCCCCAACAAAUAUGACACCUACGGAUCGUUUCUCUUCUUUAUAAGAAUAAAAAAUGUUUCCCUCGUGGUCGGAUGGAUGUCAAAUUAGUAUAGAACAUACAAAUGUGGUUGUUUUUUUUGUAAAGUUUGGCGUUAUGAUUGAUGUGGUUGCCAUAACCGAACAUGGAUAAAUUGUACAUAAUUAUAAAUCAAAUAUGAAUGUUAAAAAUAAAAAUUUAUAGACACGGUUUUCAUCAAAUAUUUAAUUAACAAAAUGUAUUUGUUAGAUGGCGCUA